UGGUGCCGUUACCGAAAAAAAUGCGAAAAGCUGGGAGUGGUGGCAUUUCUCUGACCCUGGGAGAAAAUAUUGACAUUAAUAAUCAAACAGCGAUAGCCAAAAGCCAAACCAAAUGCACGGAUGCGAAUCAAUGUACGCUAAUCAGAUUUUUAAAUACAAGCGGGACAAUUUAUCGACUUUUUAGAUGAAAGCGGGACAUGCUACGAGCAGGCGGGACACACUAUCUAAAGCGGGACGUCUUGGUGUGGGAAAAAUAGUGAACAAGUCGAGAGACAUUGUUGACAGACAACCGACCUGCGUGAACUGUGAGGAGGUAACUCUUGCACUCCGACCGGAAGUUUAUAGUCCGUGGAUUGAGGAACUUGAGAGAGCAACUUAAAGAGAGUUUGCAUAUUCACUUUCCUUCAACCAUUGUAAACAUAUUUGUAAAAAUAUACAAUGGACAAGCUGAAAAAAGUUCUGAGUGGAAAUGAGGAAGAAGAUGAAGACAAGGGAAUCGUUGCGCAGAUGAAUGAAGUGACCACACUCAGCUGGGGAACAAGAAUCAAACUUUUCCUAUUGUGUUUUAUCCUUGGUGCUUUUCUUUCCAUUCUGGGUACCUGCUUGAUAUUUCUGAAAAAUGGUCUGGUCAUAUUUGCUGUCUUAUACACAAUUGGUAACAUUUUGUCUCUGGCAAGCACAUGUUUUCUCAUGGGUCCUUGCAACCAGCUCAAAAAGAUGUUUGCCAAGACCAGAAUAAUAGCAACUAUUUUAGUUCUUGUAAUGUUUGUCCUCACUUUGGUCUGUGCUUUAGCGAUACAUAAUGCUGCCUUGGCCAUUUUGUGCUGCAUCAUACAGUUCCUAGCACUUACGUGGUACUCGCUGUCUUACAUACCAUAUGCACGAGACCUUGUGAAAAAGUGUUUUGGUUCCUGCCUUGAAUAACACAAGACUUAUCAUCCUCUGCAAAGUCUGUGGCUGAAACAAACUUUUUACUAUUUUCUGAUUAUCACCCUCUCUUCAAAAUUACGUGCAGCUCUGUGCAGGGACCAUUUAAGUUCUCAGCAUAAAGAUGUGCAAAUUGUAUUUCAAGGUUAUUUUUGGUCAAAUUGUUAUUUUUUUAUACUUGAAAAGCGGGUGCAGCUUAAGUCCUUGCAUGUUUUCUGCCUUCAAAAAGCAAUCAUGAAAAUAUAGAUCAGAAGUGUGAACAUUUUGGCCAGCAGUGUCUUUUCUCUCCUAAUGGCCACCCAUUUUGCCAAACAAAGCAAACAUUCGUGUGGAUUUUGUAGAAUAUAUAUAUUCUGCAUUUCCUUACCUUUUUAAUGUAACCAUUUUGUAUUCACCCACAUUCAAAUAGCAUGUUCCAAGCCUAAUGGGGAUUAUAGCCGGAAUUAUUUAUAAUAGUUUUUGGAUUUUAUUUUCAUAUUGUGAAUUCAGGCAGAAUGUUGUAGGCAUAUUCACCUAGUUUUUGUUAGUGAACCAAAGAUGAAUCAGUUUGUGAUUUUACACAUUGUUGGAAUGGGAUGCUUUGAGGAUAUAAAAUCUUGUUUCCUCCGUCUACACCCCUAUAGGCGGUCUGCUGGUGCAAGGGUUAGCACCUGUCAUCAAUACAGUGAAGAUUGGAUAUCCAUGAGUCAGAUCUCAUCCAGGACACACUGUUCUUUCUCUGCAUGUGGCAUUCUUACAGCACCAGCUGCUUAGCCAUGAUACAGCAUUGGGAAUACCAAUUCUCCCCUCCCUUUGUUACCCCAAACCGGCAUCUGCCCAGGAUAGCGAUUUCUGUAAAAAGUACAAGCUGGUGUUGAGCAAGAAAGGGGAAAUGUUUACUGUCCAUUGUUAUGGUCUUUCAGAAACUGUUUAGAUUACCUUGAGGUUAUUUUCAUAAAUUUACAUUUGCUGGAUAUUUGAGAGUAAGGAGAAACAGUUUUGAUAUCUGAUCAAUUAUUGUCACUGAGUGACAUUCAGUUAACUUAAUGCGUGGUUCACCGGGCUUAUUUCACUUUUUUCAUUUUGUUUUUAGUCUUUGUUAUCAAUUUGUAUCAUAUUUGUGUCAUCUGCAUCAAAUAUAAAAAAUGCACUUUAUGUUUAUUUUUUUGCUGUAUGUUUUCUAAAUAACAACUCAUUUAAAAUGGAAUUAUAUAAGGAGAGACCUAUAUAACCAAUUAAAUGCACAGUUUUUAUUUCAAGCAGCCAAUGUCAGUUUAAAUCUUCACUUGCAUAUUCAAAUGUCUUCAUAGUUACAGACCAGUUACAUAAACUUUUCCAUAGUGAAUGAAUUAACCUUAAAAAAAAAAAUAAAGGAUGCUAAAAAUUUCCAACUUAGGUAAAUCUACCUACUUAGUACAUUAAGAAAAUGGUUAAAAUAUAUUUUCUGAUAAUUCCUUUAUGGAAUCAUCUUGAACUUUGCUUCAGGGAACUACUGUUUCAUCAGUGCCUUACUUUUGUGUUAUCUGCAUACAUUGUGCUCAUCAACAGCUUUAGCUAUUUAAAAAUUACCAACUUCUGCCCUUGAACAGGUUCUUUAUCUGUCCGUCCAUAUAUACAUGAAUUCAAUUAUCGCAUGCAUCCAGUUGUUAAAAUUAGUAAGGUUUCAUCACUUAUCCAAACUUAACUGGUAUUUGAGGAGGGGGAAUUAUUUUUUUUAUAUUUACUACUAAAUUGCUUGAAUUUUUGUUAAGUCUUUAGGAACACAAGAAGUAUAUUGCAAAAUGAACAACUGGAAAAUUUUUUUGCAGUCUGCUACAUCAGUUAUUUUGAUAAGCUAAAAAGCUUCAUGCAGGUGUUCAACAUUACUUGUGCUUGGUAGUCUUUAUGGUUGCUAAUAUGUAAAGUUGAAAAACCAUGUUUAUAGUUGUGUACUGUUACCUGGUUUACUGAGCAAGAAAGCCUGUAAAGUGGUAAGCAUGUUAAAUGUUUGGUCAUGUUUGUGUAGACAGUCAAUGCUUCAUCACCUGUGAAAUCAUUACAUCUGUUGUACAAUUCUUUUUUUUUUUUCCUGCCGUCGUUGAGGUUACCAUUGGCAAAUGAUUUUUUUUUUUUUAAACGCUAACUCCAUAAAUUAAAAUUGUAUUUUACAUCUUGAACACUGAUCAAUCUCAAGUGCUGUGAAAUUCAGUUUGCCUUUUAACAAAAAAUGUUAUCCAUGUUCAACAAUUGUGCUCAGAUUUACCUAAUUGCCGAUGACUUAACUCAUUCAAGAUGCAGAGUAAAUUGAAAACUAAAGCAAAAA